UGUAUUGAUUAUCGGGGUUUGAACCGGGUCACUGUGAAGAACAAGUAUCCUCUUCCUAGGAUCGAUGAGUUGUUGGAUCAGUUGAGGGGUGCUACUUGGUUCUCCAAGGUAGAUCUGGCGUCGGGUUAUCAUCAGAUACCGAUAGAUGAGGCAGAUGUGAGGAAGACUGCUUUCAGGACGAGAUAUGGGCACUAUGAGUUUGUGGUGAUGCCCUUCGGAUUGACUAACGCGCCAGCAGCGUUUAUGAGAUUGAUGAACAGUGUGUUUCAGGAGUUUCUGGAUGUAUCUGUCAUCAUUUUCAUCGACGAUAUCCUGGUCUAUUCUAAGAGUCCUGAGGAGCAUGCAGUGCAUUUGAGGGCAGUUAUGGAGAAGCUGCGGGAGCAGAAGUUGUUUGCCAAGUUGAGCAAGUGUAGUUUUUGGCAGCGUUAG